ACCCUUCUUUCUUCCUCCUCGCCUUCGCCUACUCUGCUCCGUCUCAACUUUUAACUUCUUGUUAUUCUUCGCUUAGCUUUUCAGCAGAGUUUCACUUUUUUUCUUAUCUCUGAUUUGGUGAAUUCAUGCUUUUUGUUUAAAUAUUUAUUUUUUGAAGAUGAAUUAAUAUCCUUACGAAUUCUCAGCCUAUUGUUGUUAUCGGAUUCCCAUUAUAAAAAUCGAACCUUUGGAGCUCACUUCUCGAAUCCUCUCUCCUUGUCUAGCUGCUACAGUCACAGUUCAAAACCUGAUGUUGCUUCUGAAACAGAGCUCAGCUACUCUUCUUGUCGCUGGGAAUACAAGUCCAGUCCUUCACAAUUCUCGCUUCACUUACAGAGCUGGAUCUCUUCCGGUGAGCAGAACGUACUCCUCCCAGAGUUUCACCAUGGCAAAUCUGCACAAGCUUCCCACGUCUUCGUCUGGGAAACUUAAUCCGGUUUUGGCCUGCAGCGCUUCAGCAGUGCCCUGUAGCUCUCAUGAGGCUUCUCCUAUCAGUGAGAAUAACGAGAAGAAACAUGUCCACGGAGUUUCUGAGCUGAUCGUGGGAGUGUUAGGGGGUGGACAAUUGGGUCGUAUGCUUUGCCAAGCUGCUUCUCAAAUGGCUAUCAAGGUGAUGAUUUUAGAUCCUUCAGAGAAUUGCUCAGCAAGUUCGUUGUCUUACGGCCACAUGGUUGAUAGCUUUGACGACAGUGCUACAGUAGAAGAAUUUGCAAAAAGAUGUGGAGUCUUGACUGUGGAAAUUGAACAUGUUGAUGUCGAAACAUUAGAGAAGCUUGAGAAACAAGGAGUGGAUUGCCAACCAAAAGCCUCUACUAUCAGGAUAAUACAGGAUAAAUACAGGCAAAAAGUUCAUUUCUCUCAGCAUGGCAUCCCACUUCCUGAAUUUAUGGAGAUAAGUGAUAUUGAAGGAGCGGAAAGAGCAGGUGAAAUUUUCGGCUACCCACUUAUGAUCAAGAGCAAGCGAUUGGCUUAUGAUGGACGCGGAAAUGCAGUUGCCAACAGCCAAGAUGGGCUUUCUUCUGCUGUAACGGCUCUUGGAGGUUUCAGUCGUAGUUUGUACGUUGAGAAAUGGGCACCCUUUGUCAAGGAGUUGGCGGUUAUUGUGGCUAGGGGAAGAGAUGGUUCCAUGGUUUGUUAUCCCGUUGUUGAAACUGUUCACAGGGAUAACAUCUGCCAUAUAGUUAAAGCACCUGCAGAUGUGCCUUGGAAGACUAACAAACUUGCCACUGAUGUUGCCCAAAAGGCUGUUGGUUCUUUAGAAGGCGCUGGUGUUUUUGCAGUCGAGCUGUUCUUGACAGAGGAUGGUCAGAUCCUGUUAAACGAAGUUGCACCUAGACCACACAACAGUGGCCAUCAAACGAUCGAGUCCUGCUAUACUUCACAGUUUGAACAACACUUGCGGGCUGUGGUUGGUCUUCCACUUGGUGAUCCGUCAAUGAGAACUCCAGCGUCCAUCAUGUACAACAUUCUGGGAGAAGAUGAUGGAGAAGCUGGUUUUAAAUUGGCUCAUCAACUUAUUGCAAGGGCUUUAUGUGUUCCAGGUGCAUCUGUUCAUUGGUAUGACAAGCCAGAAAUGAGAAAGCAGCGUAAGAUGGGCCACAUCACUCUUGUUGGGCGGUCAAUGGGUGUUUUGGAGCAACGGUUGAAUUGUAUAUUAAGUGAGAAAAGCCAUCAAGUAAAUGAGCCACCUCGUGUUGGUAUCAUUAUGGGUUCAGACUCGGAUCUUCCUGUUAUGAAGGAUGCUGCCAAAAUUCUGGACAUGUUUGGUGUGACGUAUGAGGUAAAGAUAGUUUCAGCUCAUCGCACCCCAGAGCUGAUGUUUUCAUAUGCAGCCUCAGCUCAUAGUCGAGGCGUCCAAGUCAUCAUUGCAGGUGCUGGUGGUGCUGCUCACUUACCAGGUAUGGUUGCUUCACUCACUCCUUUGCCCGUUAUUGGUGUCCCUGUACGCGCUACCCGUUUGGAUGGAGUUGAUUCACUUCUCUCCAUCGUUCAGAUGCCUAGAGGUGUUCCUGUUGCAACAGUUGCUAUAAACAAUGCGACCAAUGCAGCUUUGCUUGCUGUCCGGAUAUUGGGAAUCUCUGAUUCUGAUCUCGUCUCAAGGAUGAGUCAGUACCAGGAAGACAUGAGAGAUGAGAACAUGGUUAAAGGAGAGAGACUUGAGACACAAGGUUGGGAAUCAUAUUUGAACCAGUGAAUGUUGCUGGUUAGAGCUCUCAUCGGGAAACUGCUAUCGUCAUUGAUUUUGCUGCAAAGAAGAUGUUAAAAGAGUGAUCUGAGAGUUAGCCUCAGUUCUUAUUGUUGUUGUUGUCAUUACCAUCCGCUUUAAGAUAAAAGCAUAAUGAAUUGGAAAGUCAAAUAUAAUUGAGUCUGUUUUUGCAAAAGAUGUCCAUGAAAACCGUAAAUUUUAACAAUCAAAAGGCUGCCUGAUUGAACCGGUUUAA